GUCCAAAUCUAUAAAUUAUAAUAAAUUAGACAGGUGAACUUAAAUAGGAGAAACUUUAUAUAAUAAUUAUUAAAUAUUACUGAUAAUACCUGUACUAAUGUCGCGAAGCAACAGCAUUCGACCUUUUCAUUUAAUGAAGCCGUUCCCAAUGCUUGAUAAAGGUAGGCCAAUGCUACCGCACCCCAAGCUAAACCGCUACAUGCAUCAAAAUCCGCCAAAAGUGGCAGCCACAUCCUCACCUUAAGUGUCACGAGAGACUGAUUGUUUAGCGGAUUUUGAUGCAUAUGGCGGUUUAGCCUGGGGUGCGGCAGCAUUGGCCUACCUUUAUCGAGCAUUGUGAACAGCUUCAUUAAAUGAAAAGGUUGAAUGCUGUUGCUUAGCGACAUUAGUACAUGUAUUAUCAGUAAUAUUUAAUAAUUGUUAUAUAAAGUUUCUCCUAUUUAAAUUCACCUGUCUAAUUUAUUGUAAUUUAUUUAUAGAUUUGGACAUGGAACCAUCUUCAUGUCGGCCGACCUACUAGCGUUGGAGCUAUUGCCGACAUGGCUGAUUGCCCUUUGGGUUGCCGGUGGACGAACGCCGGCGGGUUACGUUUUGGGGCAAAUGUUAGGACGACAGAUAUUGAGUUCUAUAGAGAUGAGUUAGAUCAGCAGCGAGCGUCUCAGAUUACAUGGCGGCCGUACACAGAUGCUAUUAUAGAUGUGCUAUCGACAUUCUAUGUACAGGGCAGCGAGGUACGACGAUCGAGGACGACACUGAUUUGCUUUCAUAUUGUUGAGCUUCACAUGCCCGAUCGAGUCCUACGGCAGUUUGGUCUCCUCCAGCAUAUACCAAUUCACGUGAAGACCAUCCGUCGCAUCACAUCUCAGGGGCGGCCAGAUGAGGAUUGGGUCCACUUUCAUACUGCACACAUCGAGAGAUGGAGACAGAGAUUACAUGCUAUUAUUGACCAGCAUCCGAUUGUCGGUGAUGACCCGGUACAAGCGACAUCUAUUUAUAUGGAGUGGUAUUGGCAGAUCACGAGAAGAUGAAUUUCUCGUCCAGUACAGCGUCCACCAUUGACUUACCAGCCUCGCGGCUAGACCGAGAGAGCUUUCGUACGAUCACUCAUAUGUUAAUUUUUUUUUAAUCUUAUAUUUAAUAUAAAUUGCAAAUAGUGAAUUCUUAUCUAUAAUGCAGGUGGACGCAUUACGACAGACUCAAAUGGGCAUCACAAUGCUAGUUCAUGAUCGACCUUCUUACGAUGCGAUGAUGGAGACAUUGACGAGCAUAGAUGUCCAUAUUGAGUCACUACUGGAGUACAUUCCUUCCAUACCUGUCGCCGCUGAUGUUGGAGGUCGAGAUUUUGGUCAACCCUCGACAUCGGGUCAUCACAGGAGACACUCACCGACAUCGACUGGAUCAUACUCGAGAUCGAGCCUACGAGUGUCACGAUCUCCAUCUCCUAGUGAUGUUGCAGAUAUGCUCACCGUCCCUUCAAGAUUUCCUUCCUUACCAUUGGACUUGGACUCGCUUCUGCCGCCAGUCUCUCGAGAGCACUUUAGAUUAGUCUACUCUCGACGUCAUGCCGCGUCAUCAUCACAGGCCCGCCCAGCAUCUAUACCGGCCACUAUCGAGGGUGAUCGACCUGAGCCAGAGGAGACUUAAGCGAUUCUGGAGCAUCCCGAGGACAUUAUCAUUACGAAUCUUGAUCAGAUGGCCGGUAUCGAAGCAUUUGAUGACGUACCUAUGCUCGAUGUACAGGGGUGGCCUUAGACGUAGACGUGGCCGUGGCCAAGGAUGUCGAGGGAGAGGAAGAUCGAGAGACUGAUUGUAUAUUUUUUA